AUGACCCUCGCUCGCCUAUUCACAGUCGCUGCGUUGAGCAUCCCCCUCGCACAAGCCUCCGUCGGCGUUCCUAAUCUUUCAGGCUGGACAUUAACGUGGUCUGACGACUUCACCGGCGCCGCCGGCUCGCUCCCCAGCUCAGAUAACUGGCUCAUCGACACCGGCACCAGCUAUCCCGGCGGUGCCGCCAACUGGGGCACGGGAGAAGUCCAGACCUAUACCGCGGAUCCGGCAAACCUGAGCCUCGAUGGCAAAGGCGUUCUCAAGAUCACUGCCCUGAAGGGCGGUGCCUGCGGCGGCAGCGGCCAAUGGACAUCGGCGCGCAUCGAGACACGUCGGACAGACUUCGCUUGCAAGGCCGGCGGUAUGAUGCGAAUCGAGGCCAGUCUGAAUCUUCCCAACGUUGCCAAUGGCGUUGGGUACUGGCCGGCCUUUUGGACUCUCGGAAGCCCAUUCAGGGGCAACUAUUGGAACUGGCCCUCCAUUGGGGAGUUUGACAUUAUGGAGAACGUCAACUCCGUCGACCGUGUGUGGGCAACCAUGCACUGCGGCAGCAACCCUGGCGGACCUUGCAAGGAGACCACCGGCUUCGGCAACUACAAAGAUUGUCCCGGGAAGCCGUGCCAGGGCAACUUCCACAAGUUCACCUUCGAGAUCGACAGGACCAAGUCGGUCGAGGCCGCGAGAUGGUAUGUCGACGACAUCAUCUACUGGCAGAUCCUGUCUACCGACCUGCCUGCCGAUGUAUGGGCGCAGACGGCGCAUAACAACGUCUUCAUCCUUCUGAACCUGGCCAUGGGAGGAUCCUUUCCUGACGGCAACUAUGGUGCCAAGACGCCCCUAGAGUCGACCGUCUCAGGAGGUGUUUACCAGAUUGACUACGUCGCCGUCUACAACAAGUAG